GAAAGCCACACGCACACACCCGCACCGGCCGACGAUGUAGGGGCAGCACACAUCGUCUUGCCGAGAUCACCACUGCACAACACAACCGAGAUCGAUUCCAGUAACCGCGCGUUAGAAUUGGCUGCUAAAACACAAGCUGCUCCUAAGACAAGUAAAACUGACCCCGCGCGUGUGUUGCUGGUGGUGGUUCACAGUGGAAAAACCACCCCCAAGAGCCACGACGGCAGCCAAAAAGGGGUUGAUUCUGUUUCUGUGUCUGUGUAGGUGUGUGUGUGUGUGUGUGUGUGUGUGGGUCUGUGUGUGUCUGUUGUCUGCAUUCCCCUGGUGGUACGAGCGCGCAGUGCAUCGCGUACGCGUGAAAGAAGAAAGUCGUGUCCGUCGUGUGUGCUGUGGGGUGUGUGUGGGGUUGUUGGUGUUCUUGGUGGUGCAACAACAGGCAAGAAGAUCAUCGCGAUCGCGUGCGUGUGUGAAGUGGUGAGUUAGCGCUGUUCGUGUGAUUAUUUUCACGCACGCUUAGAACGAAACGCGCACCACCGCGGUUGGUGAGCGUGAAAAAGGGCGAUGAGAUAAAGGUGACGGUGGUGUAGUGAUUCGGCUCUAACAACACCCUGGCUGUUGAUGAUGUGUCCAUCAUUAAGGGCGCAGCGACGGGGCUGAAAAAGAAGAAGCAGAAGAAGGUGGUCUUGCUGAGGGGGGAGAAGUUUCUGCAGCAUAACAGCACCCAGUGCAGUAGUGUAUAUGUGUGGCCCAAGUGAAACAAACGAAGAAAAAAGGAACGGUCGUGUGUUUACAAAUAUUGUGCCCACUACCGCGCGCUUUUAUAUCGAUAGCUUUUUCCAUCUGUGUGUGCCGCCUCCACUAUGUGUGUUUCUUUUCUACCUUUUUGCGAUUUCUAAUAAGAGUGGACACGCAUCAAGGAGCAGCAGUUUGCACGGUUGGCGUCCAAGAACUUCCUAAUGCACUGCAUUUCCACCCACCCAGCAAGACCACCCCCUAAUAAGCCCGAAAGGAAGCUUCCUUUUGCUGAAAAGUGUGUCAACCGGCAAAGACUAUCUACCGCACAACGGUUAAUGAGUUUUCUUUGUGCGAAAGCUCGCCCUUCAUCAUCAUCCAGGAAGUAGAACCGUCCAAUUAAACUCUCCUCCUUUAUGUGCUCGCUUCUCGUUCGUAGGGAAACUAUUUUCUUUAGCCAAUGUAAGCCAAGGUUUAGCCACGCAUGAUAAAAGAUGCAUAAACAGCAAGUUGCACAAGCGACCGUACAGUGAGAACGUGGUAAAACGCAAAGGCAGAAAACAAAAGCGCAAGAUGCUGUACACGGCCUCACAUCCGGCACGAUAGAUUGGUUGCCUGGGCGAAGCACAACAUAGAACGAACGGAAAAGAAGCCGUGAGAUUGACGUAAAUCGUAAAGCAACGAACUGCACGGUAGCACCAGUGGUCAGCAAACAUCAUGCAUGACCUGUUUACUACCGUUCUGUCCAAAAGGGACCUGUCCCGGGCGGGAGAGCUGUUUUCGAUUGCCGACUACGAGAUUGUGAACGAUCUGACGGAGGUGUUGCAAGAGAUUUCGUCCAUCAUAUCGCAUGAAGACUAUCUGCACAACAGUAACGACCAGUCGGUCAUCGAGAUCUGCAUCAACCGGGUAACGUCCUGCAUCAAGAAGACGCACACGAUAGAAAAGCACUGUGCGGGGUUGGUGAAUCUGCUCGAAACAUGCCUGCGGUACAAUCUGCAGCCCUCGGGCAAGGAGGUGGAUCCACCCCACGCCAAAAUAUCGUCCGACAUCAUUUCCAGCAUAUUUCUGAACUACAACAAGCAGGUUGUGAUGGAGGUGACACUGCCAGUGGCGGUCAAGUUUCUCAACCAGGGUAACCUCGAGCUGUCGCGCAACCUGGCCAGCUACCUGUCGUCGGCCGCGAUCGAAUACUCGUACCUGCUUUCCCCACACGUGCACUUCAUCCUGGAGUCGCUGCUUGGCGGCAACUAUGGGCUCUGCCACGUACUGUCCCAGAUCUACGAAGCGACCCCAGACCCGAUCAACGAGGCCGGGCCCAAGUUCGUCGAGAUUGUGCCGCGCUGCGAGCUGCAGGAGCAGCUGGUCAUACUACAGCUGCUCGUCACGAUCGCCAAGCUGAAACCGUCCUGCCUGACCGAAAGCAUUCCCGCGCUGCUGGAGCUCGCCACCACGCGGCCACAGCUGUCCGCGGCCGCCCUGCUCGUGCUGCUCAAGCUGGCCGAAGCGAAACCGAUCAAGCUGGCCGAAUACACGGAAGCGUUCAAGCUGAUCGCACACACCGUGCCGCAGACGGUCGGGUUUGCCGCCCAAAUACUGUCCGCCAUCGGGCGCUGCGGCAAGGACCGGGCGCAGGUUGCGCUCGACUUUGUGCUGGAGCAUCUGCCCCGGGCCGAUCGGCCGCUGCAAACGAUCCUGCUGAACGAGGCGACCAAACUGUGCACCAAGUAUCCGGUGCUGUUCACCGACAAGGUGACCUCGGUCGUGCGCCAACGCCAGCUCACCAACAGCAGUCAGAUCAAGCAGACUGCGUCCGGUGGUGUGACGAUUGUGAACCUCAAUUCGUCCGCCACACCACUACUUCCGCCAUCCACGUCCGGCGCGACUGGGACCAACGCGAGCUCUGCGUAUUCUGCUGGCGUCCAGGGUAGCGUGGCGAAUGGAGCUCCCACGUCCACUGUGGGUUUGCAGCAGAGCGGUACGGGUCUUAGCAGCUCCACAAACUACACAACUUCCCAGCAGGGGCAGCAACAGCACGUGCUCGAACAUGGACGCGCUAUCGUAUCGAAAACCCCGAACGUGGCUAUCCUAAGCAAUGGUCACACGAGUGGCAGCAGUGCCCUGAUGUCGACAACGGUGAUCAACACCUCCAACGGUACGACGCUCAGUUCCACCAUCCAUCCGGCGCUGCUGACCAACUUUAUGAACGCGGCCAACGGCGUCCCAAGCAGUGCACCGAGUGGUACGAGCACGGUGGUCAACGGUGGCACUACCGUCGUCUCGCCAACACCACAUCACACCGGGUACACCCGGAACCGUCCGAAACUUGGAGACUCGCGCAGCACCGGCCGGUUGCAUUCGGGCGGUGGCGGUGGUAACAAGAGCACGACACGGCUGAACAAUGCCGGCGGAUCGAUGGGAGGACUGCACAAGUCGCGCCUCGGUUCGUCGCAGCUGAUCAAUCAAUUCAACGGCGACAUCGGAGCCGGUGUGUCGAUCGAUCCGGAAAAACUGACGCCCGGCGUCACACCGAACGGGGGUCCCUCGAUGGUGGACGGCGGUUCCACCUCGCACAACAUCAUCAUGCACAGCAGCAACAAUCACCACCACAACCACCAACACCACCACAACCACCACCACCACAACAGCCAUCAUUCGAGCGGAAAUGUCGCAAUCAAGGGAAUGAUGGCCAGCAGUGGCAGUGGGGGCGCCCUGCUGGGCAACUCGAUCCCGCCGCCCCUCUCCCAGCACGUGACGAUAACGGGCGAGAACAAGUGGGGCAUACCGCAGACCAAGAUCACGUCGUGCGGUGUCACCGUGACGACCUCGCCGACCCGUGCACCCCGGCCAUACUCACACGGUCCCGGCAACACGCUGAUGGGUUCGACCGGGGCACUCGGCGGCAAGAGUUCGCUUGGCGGGCUGAACCAAUCGACCGGCUCCAUCGGCAUCCAAGUGCACCAUGCAUCGCCCGCCUCGCCGACAAUGUUCAACAAUCAUUCGCAGCAAACGUCGCCGCAGCUGACCACAACGCUUUCGCUACACUCGAGCGAUGAUCCAAGCAACCAGGUGAUUGUGUCCGGCCCGGCAACGGUAACGACGCGACCGCGCGGCACCAACGACAACCGAAGCGUAACGAUCCUGAACGCAUCCUCCGGCGCCACCACCACGCGCAUGAGCGUGUUCGAGCCGUACCCGAUGCGGGACACAAUUCAGCACUUUUGCGAGAAGCAUCUGGACAAGAUCAAGGCGUACACGGAAUCGGUGGCGGAGCGCAUACCACCCCCGGCCAAAUGCAUCAUCGAGGAGCGGCGGGCGAAGAAGAUGGCCAAGCUGCACUUUGCCUGCCAGGUGCGCGGCCCGCACUGUCUCUACUCGCGCACCAUGUUCACGAUGCGGACGCGCAAUCCGCGCACCUGGAUCCAUCUGAUGUUUCUCGAUCUGCAGGCGCGGGCGGGCAAGAACGCGCUCAGCAGCUGGGAUCCGAGCGUGAGCCGGCUCAAGCACUGCUGGGACACGCUCAAGUGUGAAAACCGCACGUUCAUCACGCUAGUCACGAGCGCGUUCCCGAACGGGAAGGAGCAGGAGGCGCUGGUCAACGAGCUGCGCCACGCCGGGUUCUUCGACGUGUUCGAGAUGGGCCCGGUAGCGGUCGGGCCGGGCCAGGGUGGUGGUGGUGCGGGAGGUGAAUCGGCAGGUCCGGCGGCUGGUGGGCCAACGGGAGGCAGUGGAGCGCAGCAAUCCGGUGGCGUUUCUUCCCCAACCAGUGGCAAUAGCGGUAGUGGUGGUGGUGGUGGCGGUGGUGAUGCCGGUACCGCCUCGAACGGGGGCAGCUCGGAAGAUCUGGAGGUGCUCCAGUGGGGUUGCUUCCUGUGCCACCAUCCGGAGAAGGCGAUCGGGUUUCUGCACGGCAACAAUCAGCCGGUGAUCGAGGGCCAGCUCAAGGAGAAGAAGGGCAAGUGGCGACUGUUCCGGCGAUGGCGCACGCGCUACUUCACCCUGUCCGGUGCGCACCUCUCGUGCAAGGGUUCGGUCAGUGAGGCCGGCGGCGAAAGCAUCGACGUGAAUCAGAUCCGGUCGGUGAAGGUGUCGCGCGGCGCCCGCAACAUACCGAAGGCGUUCGAAAUCUUCACCGGCGAUCAGACGCUCAUCCUCAAGCCGAAGGAUGGCAACAAGGCGGAAGAGUGGGUGCAGUGUUUGAGCAUCGUGCUGGCACACUCACAGGCACGAGACAGCCCAACGACUCGCACAAACAGUCUUCCCGCGCGUAGUAUUGGUAACAGUAGGACGGUUUUCUAGAGUCUUCCCCCCACACACACACACACACACCCCACGAGUGUUCGCGGCCACUACGGAUUGAAUUUCAACGAGUUUAGCAGCAGUAGCAUUGCCAAAACGAAAAGACAGAACAGUACUUAAAAAGAUCCAACACCAUUACCAUGCACACAAACACACACAGGGUACUGAAACAAUAAUUUAACACUAUGUUAACUCGUCAAUCGAUUUAUACAAGGCGAUAUAUUGUGCUGUAGGAGUCGUGUUUUUUUUUAAACUAUUCCUAAGGAAGCUUGGAGGAGUGCAAAAGACUUGAACAAACGCGAACUUCAGUGCAUUUCACGCUAGCAGAAUCAGUGGAUAGGUGAAGCAACAUGGACAGAUUUCAACCCCAGGGCGCAAACCUCCGCGCAACCAACGCGGACAACGGGGAUAAAACAAUCAAAAACCUAAUGGCUGUCAAUCAAUUGUAGUACGAUAUAGUGUAUCUUAAAUAAUUUCAGUUUGCGUUGAAGAGCUUGCUAAUGAAGUGAGAUUAUUGUACUUAAAAUACAGUUUGAAUGAAUGAGCAGAAACAAACAAACACACGUCCGUGUGAAGAAAUGAAACGUUUUAGUGAGAAACAAUAUGUGACCGAUCCGACCAUGGUAGGGUUCAGAAUUAGUUUGUAAGUUUUUCAUGUUUUGCUCUGUAAGGUCUAACAUUAACGACAGCACAGCAUUCACGGCCCACGAGACAAGGACCAACGUGGUGUUCAGACGCCUCCAUUCAAGAUGAGAGAUUCUUCCCCUGCUUUUACAUUCUACAAACGUGUGACGUUGCCCUUGUUUUUUUUUCGAUGUUUUAUACUACUGUAAUAACCAGCAAAACACAAUUUUAUAUUAUCGAAAGGUAUAGAUUUAAGAUCUUUACAGUUUAAUAAAUAUACCUAUACAAAUCUUAAAAA